UCGAGUGACAAAUUGAGCCGUGAUAAGCGUAAAUCUUGAGUUUUGAAUCUUAUAAAGGGCUUGAGCCUUUUAAGCCACUGUACCCUGUAAUUACUUAGUAUAUGUGAAACGGGUUUUCAUUUGAUUGAGGAAAAAGACAUGCAUGGUAUUUGGAAUCUAAAGAAAAUUUAGUGUUAUUUGAUUCCCUGACUUGAUUUUUGUAAAUUAUGCCCACCAUCUGGUUGUUAAUAAUUCAAGAACAGAAAAAAGAAAAGAGAAAGAAAAUACACACAACAGUGCUGUAUAAUCAUUGUACACAUCAUUUCUCCUUUGUAUUCAUAUUGUAGUUUGGUUUGAAGUUCAUGUCCUCAAACUUUGCCUUGCUUGCUAGUCUGAGUUUUGUUUAUGGUGCUUGUCUCUGUACACAAUCACCAAUUGGGUACCCAGCAAAUAGCCAUAUAUAUACUGCUGAUCAAACAAAGAAGCGUUGCAAGUUUUAUUCAUUGAAUGCGAAGUUCUCUUUUUCAAAGGCGUAGACAGUGAUCCGUAAUACCCUUCUGUGAUUAUCCAAGAUAUACUCAUUCUCAAGUCUUAUAUUUGUGUAGAGUUUGAAUUGUAAACACAUUUUUUGGUCAGAAGCAGUUUGCCUGAUUCGCUGUUUUAGAAGGAUUCUUGUUAUAACUAAGAAACAAGGGAAGCUCAGCCGAUGUUUCUUUUGUGAAGCCGGGGACCAGCAGGCGGAACUUGAGUUCAUUCCAAUCUCAGGCAGUUCAGAGUGAGGCGGGAAAGAAUUUCACGGAGAUGGGAGGAAGGGGUUCUUCAGAUUUUUAUAGGAACACAAGUGAAGAGUUGUUCUUGAAAUCCUUGAUGGAGAGCUCAAUUGGAAUGCCUGUGCCAACCAUGGAAAUGUUGGGUUUUAAGAAUCUUUCCCAAAAUAUUCGUACAGAUAGCGAAGAACUCUUCAAAACUUGGCUCACAAAUGGAGAGAACCAUGGCUAUAAUUCAACAAGCAUAGUACAUUGUACUCGACACACAUCACAAAGGAUGCCCACAGAAUUAGCCGGCUCAUCUGGUCAGCAACUUGGGGGUGUACUUCAGAGGAAACAAAGCAACGACAAUUUAUUCCCACAAAAUACCGCUUUGGUUGAUGAACAGUCAAGUGAUAUGAAUCAAAAUUCAAUUAGGAAUGUGGUUGAAAGAGGGUUGCAAGCUAGUAAUCUCUAUUUGGCUAAGGCAUGGUUUCAUAGUUCUCAACCAAUGACAAGAAGUCGGUCGUCUGAAUUACGGAGGAGGUAUGUUUCCAUGCAGAACUCUCAAACAUCACUCGGUGUGGAAGUCAUGCAUAAUGUAUCUGGGCACGGUGUCAACAAUUUGAAACAGGAAUUUGCGAAUCCAAAUGGAUUUGGUGAUGUUUCAAGGUGUGAAAUUCCCAACUACUUUAACGCAUUUAUGUCUCCAUCCAAUUCAGCUUCAUCUACUUUCAACGCCCCUCAUACCGAUAACAUAGACAAAGUUUCCUCUGUUGUGAGCAUGCUGAAGGGGACAUUACAACACAAGAAGCUUAAUAAUGAGACUGUUGAAGACAGCUCCUUGGAACUUUAUGGUGCUCAAGAAUUUCUAGGUGACAUGAGUUUGAAUCAAGGACAAGGAAAUCGUAUCCAUGAAACAUCGAGAACAAUUCAAGAUGUGUCAUCUGUUCAAGUUAAUGAUCAUGGGGUUUUAGAAGCUGUUGAAGGAUCAUUGGAUGUGGAUUUAGACGGUUUUGUAAAUCCUACAAAUCCAAUGCAGAUGAGCAUGGUAUCUCGAGAACCUUCACAAAGUGAAUCUUCUGCUGCUGCACCGGCAGUCUCAACUGGCUUUGAUGUGUGUGAUGAGCCCACCAACUUGGGUCAAACUAUGAGCAUUGGUGAGAGCUCCAAGAAACAAGUUGGAAAUGGAAGGAGUUCAGAAAAUGGCACCAGAGCCAAAGACAUAAAGGAACGUAUAGAUGACAACUUAAAAGAUGAUCAAAAGCCGAGAAGAUGUCUUGUUCGUUAUGGGUCUGUGACAUCAGCUGGUUCGGUGGAAAAAGGGGAUCCUACAAAGAAGCGUAGGGUGGAGCGAUCACGGAAAAUGGCAGAGGCCAAGGAAAGGAAUCUGACACCGCCAAUUCCAUCAGACAUGCAGUCCAUUUUGAAGCGGUGUGAAAAUCUUGAAAAGGAAGUGCGAUCGCUCAAACUUAACUUGUCUUUCAUGAAUAGGAAGGAUUCCGAACAGACAAAGCAGAUAGAAGAGCUUCAAAAACAGAAUGAAGAGUUGACAGAAGACAAGGAGCAUCUUCUAGAAGAGAUUGAGAGGAUUAUUGCGGAGCCAGGAAAGAUGUAAGACCUUCAUCAUUCUUUCCUUCCACCUUCACUAUUCUAUCCGCUUCGAGCACAAGGAUUCAUUACCGCUACAAACCCUUCAAGAAUCUAAGCCUUUGUAACAGCACCGGAAAAGUCCCCAAAAUGCCAAAAAUUAAAACCAUGUAAAAGCAAUGGAUUGCUAGUUUGCUAAUGUUUUUAAAAAUCCCAUAAAUCUCUUGUAUCCAUUACUGUGAAUACAGGUGAUUUAAAAAAAAUUCUGUAAGAAGUUAGACCAUUUGGAUUUUUUAUGGAUUUGAACAGCCAAGAUGAGCUUUGGAAGUGUUUUCGUUGCUGUGAAUAACAGGUUUUCAUUUCUUACUGGCAGGUGGUGAACUAGUUUGCCUGCUAAAUCUGUGGAAAUCAAAAUUUUGCUUCACAUUAGUGGAAAACAUGUUUAAUCUGAAAAACAUACAGUCGCUUGUUUUAGGGUUGAAAAGCUUUUCUUUGCAGGUGAAGUGAAGGUUACAUGUUCUUGCCCCCUGCAUGGUCAUGCAGAAAAUAAGAGCACAUAUGGAGGCUUUUGAGAGCAAUUCCACCAAAUACAUUUUUACUGUGUAGUUUUCAUUUCUAAUGUUUUUGAUAAUAGAAAACAGUUUUCAAGAAUGAUAUCAAACAGUUGGUCAUUACUUCUAACUUUGUGUUGCCGCUCCAAGCAGAGCUACGAUUGC